AGGAAGUCAUAUGAUGGUUUUCUUAUCAAAUUGUACACAGAACAUAGGUUUCAAAAUGACAACAAAGCUGUACGAGGGAAUAUAAGCAAGCGCUCAACCGAUUAAACAGUGCAUUUAUCCAUUAGGAAUAUAAAGUUUAAGGUUUAUUAAUAAUAUCUUACCUGUUAUAAUAAUAUACAGAGUCAGUGUCUAUAGUUGCAACGAUAACUUCUACAUCAACCAAAAACGAUGUUCCACCUGCUCCUACUGUCGGCGCUCCUAGGAGGCCUCGAGGCGGCUUCCCCCUGUACACUGCCCAGCCCAGUGUUCUCCUACACUCAAAGCGGAACUGUAACCUAUAUGGCAAAGGGGACUUUCAUUAUUUUAGACCAAACGCAACUGGUCGACUAUGACUACAAUAGGAAAGUACAGAGGGUUUAUGUAGAGGCGGCGAACAAACAGGACGUGCGUAUCAUCUACAUGGACUUCGCUAAUAAAAUGGAGUACACUCAACAGGGUAUAAAUGGAACAUGUACAAGGAGGGCGAAGAAUGGGACCAUGCACCCGCCCUAUAUUCCAGAGGACGCCAAAGUGGGUCCCAAAAUGGUAGUUGGUACGGGACAGAAAUCCCUGACUAUUCAGUUUUACUCGUAUGUGUUGGACGGCGUAUACGCUUCAAUGGGAUUGAACGACGACUGCAUAAUAGUCACCGUAGAGCUGAGGCAGAUUGUCCCCGGUGGCGGAUACGCAAACAUUGGUGACAUCGUUGUCUACGACUGGAAGAAUAAUCUAAGGACACCCACAGUCCUUGACAUUCCCACCAAGUGCAAGAAAUAGCGUGGGACUCGACCGUGACAGUUGGCCGAAGCGUUUGUGGAGAAGUUACCAAUCACUGUUUUUGAAAUAUUGAAUUUAAAAAAGACAAGCAUUUUUUUCAGUUGCAUUUGAGCCUUAUUCUAUCAAAUAAUCAUGUGGCUAACAUUGCAUAUAAUUCAAACGUUUUAAACGUCUAUGUACUUAGUAUUAACCAAAAAAUAAUGAAAUAAUAAACAGCUGAUCUUUGAAAAACUCUUUUUCAUAACGGACUCUUUAUUUAUUUUUAAUUUAACAUUGCUUUUUGUUGCCGAAAUCCCGAACACAAAUUAUGGGUGCUUUUAAUUGGUUGUUGUGUUAAUUGAGGUUAUAUGGUCGCUUGUAUGACUUACUGAAUCGAAUAUAUGUGUAUGUAUGAAUGCACAUGUAAUUGGAAAUUAAACUCGGGAAUCAUU